GUCGCACCACUGCUUCCAAGCAAUAACAUAAAUGGCCCGCUGACCAGUGUUUCACAGUGCGCGUCCUCCUUCCACUCGUCUCUCAUCCUCGCAUCUGGCGUGUUGUAAAUCGAGCUAGGUGGAGCUACGCAGGGAGGAAGAGAUGCAAGUCAGAAACAGAAAGGAGGAAGCACACGUUUUCAAAUGAAGGACAUUAUUCGGUCGCUAGAAAGGCAGGUUUUACAGAAGAAGCUGAGGUCUCAUCGAGAAAACAGGCACGGACACGGAAUUAAGCCAAGGUUUAAUUUCAUCCGCAUCCUCGUAUCACAGAAAAUCACCCACCCCACCCCCUGUGACCCAGAAAGAAAACAGUUCUCUGGCCGAUGGAGAAACAGGCCGGAGCUGCCGGGGCUGCGGACGGAGUAGGGCCGAAUAAAAAGUCCUGGGGCUCGCAGAGUUCCGGAGCAGCCACCGGUGAUAUCCUGGAUUGUCCAUCAGGUUCUCAUGUAGAGUGGUGUAAACAACUGAUAGCAGCCACCAUCUCCAGUCAGAUCUCAGGACCAGUUCCACCUGACAUCGUGAACAGAGACAACAAGGCUGGGAGAAGACGCAAUGUCACGCAGGAUUUACAGGAUGAAUGGAUUUGUUACCAUGGAGAAAGUGAUUCUGAGCAUCCCUCCAAUGCUUUGAUCCUUCCAGCUCUGAGAUAUGGUUCACAGGUCAGAAUGGUCCAGAACCAGGUUCCUCUGCUGCCAGGAGAGACCGUACAGACUACAGUCCAGGAUGUGAUGUAUAUCUGUCCAUUCAGUGGUCUGGUUAAUGGGACUCUGACCAUCACAGACUACAAGCUCUACUUCACCAGUGUGGAAAGGGAGUCUCCUUUUGUUCUUGAUGUGAACCUAGGAGUCAUCAGCAGACUGGAGAUCAUCAGUGUCCCCAACCAAGGGGAGAACACAAAAGGACUUGAGCUAGUCUGCAAAGACAUAAGGAGUCCUAGGUUUGCCUAUAAGACAGAAGAAAGUCAUCCAGAUGUGCUAGAGACUCUGGUCAAACAUGCCUUCCCACUUUCCCACAACCUGCCUCUCUUCGCCUUUCUGUACAAGGAGCAGAUUCCUGUGGACGGCUGGAAGGUGUAUGACCCAACGGCAGAGUACAGGCGUCAGGGUCUCCCUAAUGAGAGCUGGACCAUCAGUAAGAUCAACAGCACAUAUGAACUGUGUGACACCUAUCCCUCAAUCCUGGUUAUCCCCACCAACAUCACAGAUGAAGAAGUAAAACGAGUGGCUGUGUUCAGAGCCAAGAACCGAUUUCCGGUCUUGUCUUGGAUUCACCCAGAGUCUCAGGCCACCAUUGUACGCUGCAGCCAGCCUUUAGUUGGACCUUCAGAAUGUCGCUGUAAAGAGGAUGAACGCUUGCUGCAGAUCAUCAUGGAUGCCAACGCCCAGUCCCAUAAGCUCACUGUCUUUGAUGCCCGGCAGGGUAGUGUGGCAGUCACUAACAAGGCAAAGGAUGGAGGUUAUGAGAGUGAAACUUUCUAUCCUAACGUGGAGCUGAACUUCCUGGAAAUUCCCAACAUCCAUGUAAUGAGGGAGUCUCUGAGGAAGAUGAAGGAUGUAGUUUAUCCCACCAUAGAUGAAGAUCACUGGCACUCAUCUAUAGACCAGACACACUGGUUGGAGUACAUAAGGCUGUUAUUAGCCGGAGCAGCAAAGAUAGCUGAUAAGCUGGAGUCUGGAAAGACAUCGGUGGUGGUUCACUGCAGUGACGGCUGGGACAGAACUGCUCAGCUCACCUCUCUGGCCAUGCUGAUGCUGGACAGCUACUACCGCACACUCCAUGGAUUCCAGGUUCUGGUGGAGAAGGAGUGGAUUAGUUUUGGACACAAGUUUGCGGCGCGUGUGGGUCAUGGUGAUGAGAACCAUGCUAAUUCAGAGCGCUCCCCUCUCUUCGUCCAGUUUAUCGACUGUGUUUGGCAGAUGACUCGACAGUUCCCAGCAGCCUUUGAGUUCAAUGAACUGUUCUUGAUCACAAUGCUGGACCACCUCUACAGUUGUCUGUUUGGUACAUUCCUCUAUAACAGUGAGAAGGAGAGGGCAGCCAAGGAGGUGCAGACCCAGACUGUGUCCCUGUGGUCCUACAUUAACAGCCAGCCUGAGGACUUCACCAACCCUUUCUAUGUGGACUAUGAACACCAUGUUCUGUAUCCGCUGGUUUCCUCCAGACACCUGGAGCUGUGGACCAGCUACUAUGCUCGCUGGAACCCGCGCAUGAGACCACAGGUGCCGGUGCACCAGACUCUGAAGGAACUGCUGAUUCUGAAAGCAGAACUGCAGAGGAAGGUAGAGGAACUGCAAAAAGAGGCCUAUUCCCACUCCCACUCCCAGUCCUCCUCCUCUGAUCACUCGCCUUCCCCAAAUCACACCACAGGAACCCCCCUGCACUCUGCUGUCUGAUACACACAUUAAAAGACCCCUACACAUGUUAUUAGUGUGAGGGACUAUUACAUCUGAUUCCUCUGUUACAUUUACAGUGGAACCUCGGUUUUUGUAUGCCCUACUUUUCGUACGAUUCAGUUUUCAACGACUGUAUUUCGUCGAAAUUUUGUCCCAGUUUUCGUACGUCUGCUCGGUUUUUGUACAGUUGAUUGGUCGGUUCAGCGUCAUUAGUCCGUACCAAACCCGUCUGCCUGCCCACGUGACUCGGCCACUCAUUUUACAUUAGAAAUGAGUGAAGGGAAGUAACCCCAGAUUGGGCCUUGAUACAUGAAGUCCUUAUGGAGGGGGAUUUCCCUUCCAAACAAUAACCUCUCCUCCUCCCUCUCCCCUCCUCGCCGUCUUCCAUACGCCAACAAGAAUCUUGAAUAAAGGUAAAGGUGAUGUUAAAUGUUCAUUUAUCCAUUUCAUUAGUCAUUUAUAUUUAUUUCUCAUUGUUUUCUGUAUGUAA